AUGCCUCUAUUCCCUUACAAACUACACGAGCUCUUGACCGAGAUGCAAUCCAACGAUCGUCUCUCGUCCAUUAUCUCAUGGACGCAAUCUGGUAACGCGUUCAAGAUCCACGAACCUCUGCUCUUUGAAGAGAUACUUCUACAAAAGUACUUCCCACGUCAAACGCAGAUAAACUCAUUCAAGCGUCAGCUACUCUACUACGGUUAUGAUAAUCUUGGCAAUGGUAUCUUCGCUCACCCUUGCUUCUUGAAGGACAAGCGCCACCUGUGUGGCCAGAUCAACCACACCAACCCAACCAAGAGCCAACGUGAAGGCAAAGCCUUGAUCCUAUCAAGACGGAUUCGUGGAAAGCGAGCGAAGCAUGCACUUCGUCAACGACUGGAGGUGCCAGCUACUUCUACUAAAGCUUCUACUACGAUCACCAAGAAGGAAGAAGCCGAAAGAUCGAUAGCAGGUGCUGCUGCCCUUGAUUCUCGCGAUCACUCACCUACGUCUGUUACGACAUCACCAGCAGUGCCUACGACUCUGUCUCUUGCAACCUUCUCUCCUGGCGUCAUCCCAAUGGCCCUCGCGUCAAAUGGAAGACUAGGCGGCAGUCAGCAGUCCUCCAUGGACACUAUGCCUUUUCAUUCUCCUCGUGAGAUGCCAAACCAAUACUGGAGUCGCUUGAAAACUUUCAAAGCACCGCUAACCAGAAUGGUAUCUUCUGAUUUCGCAAAGGAGGCGAAGCAUCUUCCUGGAACGGCCGCAGGAGUGUCCAUGUUCCCACCAUUGAACGACGAAUCAACUCUUGAUCUGACACGAGAGGAAUGGAUCAAAUCUUGGUAUAGGCAUCACCAGUGA